GCGCCGGAGUAAUAUGCUCACUCGGGUGAAAUCUGCCGUGGCCAAUUUCAUGGGCGGCAUCAUGGCUGGCAGCUCCGGCUCCGAGCACGGCGGCAGCGGCUGCGGUGGCUCGGACCUGCCCCUGCGCUUCCCGUACGGCCGGCCGGAGUUCCUCGGGCUGUCUCAGGAUGAGGUGGAGUGCAGCGCAGACCACAUCGCCCGCCCCAUCCUCAUUCUCAAGGAGACCCGGCGCCUGCCCUGGGCCACCGGCUAUGCAGAGGUUAUCAAUGCCGGCAAGAGCACGCACAAUGAGGACCAGGCCAGCUGUGAGGUGCUCACUGUGAAGAAGAAAAUUGGGACCAUGACUUCCACCCCAAACAGAAACUCCAAGAGAAGGUCGUCCCUUCCCAACGGGGAAGGAUUGCAGUUAAAGGAAAACUCUGAGUCCGAGGGCAUCUCCUGCCACUACUGGUCUCUGUUUGAUGGCCAUGCCGGCUCCGGGGCCGCUGUGGUGGCGUCGCGCCUGCUGCAGCACCACAUCACACAGCAGCUACAGGAAAUCGUGGAGAUCCUGAAGAACUCCGCCAUCCUUCCCCCAACCUGCCUAGGGGAGGAGCCCGAGAGCACGCCGGCCCACGGCAGGACCCUAACCCGCGCAGCCUCACUGCGUGGAGGCGUGGGGGCCCCCGGCUCCCCUAGCACGCCGCCCACACGCUUCUUCACUGAAAAGAAGAUCCCGCAUGAGUGUUUGGUCAUCGGGGCCCUGGAGAGCGCCUUCAAGGAAAUGGACCUCCAAAUAGAACGAGAGAGGACUGCAUAUAACAUAUCUGGCGGCUGCACCGCCCUCAUUGUGCUUUGCCUUCUGGGGAAGCUGUACGUGGCCAAUGCUGGGGACAGCAGGGCCAUAAUCAUCAGAAAUGGAGAAGUCAUCCCCAUGUCGUCGGAAUUCACCCCUGAGACUGAGCGUCAGCGUCUUCAGUACCUGGCAUUCAUGCAGCCUCACUUGCUGGGAAAUGAGUUCACACAUUUGGAGUUCCCCAGGAGAGUGCAGAGGAAAGAGCUUGGGAAGAAGAUGCUGUACAGGGACUUUAAUAUGACAGGCUGGGCAUACAAAACCAUUGAGGAUGACGACUUGAAAUUUCCUCUUAUAUACGGAGAAGGCAAGAAGGCCCGGGUAAUGGCAACUAUUGGAGUGACCAGGGGACUUGGGGACCAUGACCUGAAGGUUCAUGACUCCAACAUCUACAUAAAACCAUUCCUGUCUUCAGCUCCAGAGGUUAGAGUCUACGAUCUCUCCAGAUACGAGCACGGAGCAGACGACGUGCUGAUCUUGGCUACGGACGGACUCUGGGAUGUCUUAUCCAAUGAAGAAGUAGCGGAAGCAGUCACUCAGUUUCUUCCUAACUGUGACCCGGAUGACCCUCACAGGUACACACUGGCUGCUCAGGACCUGGUGAUGCGCGCCCGAGGCGUCCUGAAGGAUAGAGGAUGGCGGAUAUCAAAUGACCGGCUGGGCUCGGGAGACGACAUUUCUGUAUACGUCAUUCCUUUAAUACAUGGAAACAAACUGUCAUGAAAGGGACCCAGGGGACUGGGAGGGCACACAGAAAGAAAACUGGGAUGCCUCUGAGCAGGGCGGAACUGGGGAGUGCCUGGGCUGGAUUCCAGGCGACGCAAUUUCUUCCCAGCCCAGAAGGGGAAUUUGCUGCCAGGAGGCCUGUGGCUUUGCUUUCAAGGUGACCCUUAGGUUUCCAUUCUUCUUUAAUACCAGGUCUGGACACUGAACAAGAGCAAAACACACAGUCUGCUACUGGGUGUUAUUUUUCUCUUAGUUUCUACCGUAGGGCCCCUGGGUAGCUAUUGCCUGUUUGGGGCACAGGCAUGAAUUUAUUUAUUUUAUCUAGAAUAACAGGGACAGCCUUUUCAGGUGUAAUUGGCAGAUGACUCCUCAGUCUGUCAAGCUGCCAGCCUCCCUCCAGGUGAAGAGCCACAUUGAAAAGUUGGGGACCAUGCCUCAGAAAGCGUGAGCACCCAUCUCCAGCGACUUCAGGGAUUCUGCCUUGUUCUGUCUCAUCCCUUCUCCUCCUGUCCCGUCUCCCUCCGUUUCUCUAGAGUCUCUGUGGUAAUGAUGGGGUGAGGCAAAGGUUUUCUUUUUUGUCUCUUCUUGACAUUCCUUGAAUCUUCCUCAUUUCUCUCCACUGGGACUUUCCCAGUUCAUUGCUGGGCAGGUUCCAUAUCAGCCCAUUUUCUGUGUCCCAUACACAGGUUCAGUUGUCCAGAGCCAUGCCCCAUGUGGCGGACUGUCUUUGUAUUAUGACAUUUACCCCUGAGUUCUGUUUUCCCAUCAAAUCAAUCUUUGCUUUAACGUGUGGGUGAUUCACUGCCCCACAGACCCUGUUCUUUUGAAGGUCCCUCUGCGCAUCUUGAGAUUCUGCUAUGAGAGAGAGGUUGGUUUUUCACUUCUGGACUGGGCGGGUACUCUCCCCCCUUCUGUGUCCUGGAGACACAUAGGAAGCAGCAUCCAGUACAGCAGCGUGGGAGGAAAGAGUGUGGGAUUCAGGCUUCCUAGGUGUCUUGACUGCUCUCCAGCCCCCUCCACAGGAAGUGUGAGCAUCACAGUUCCGCCAAGCAGUCAUGCCUGUCACCUUCGCCCAAGGGUACAUGGGAAGACACUUGAAUAAAAACGAAUUUGAAUUGGGGCUAGUCACGUUCUUGCUUCUCUCCCUGUCCCUCAAGGGAUUCAUGCCGUAGAAUCCUAAGAGCCGAGACCCCUCCUCCCACUGUGCAGCCACCUCCACCUCUGCGUGUGCUUCACAAGGAUAGCAGCAGCGCACAUGUGGGGUAAACUCUGCCUCCUGCUCUUUGCUGGAAGGACAGCAAAGUUCAACUUAAGAAUCGCCCAUCUUCUUGAGCAGAUUGCUGCUCUGCCCAGGGACCCUCACAUCAACAUCUGAUUGCUUAGCCCUGUUCUUACAGUCUUCCAGGAUAUCAUCAACUUAGUGUGAUUCAAACACUCUUCCAACCCAAGAAAGAAAAAAA